AUGCCAGCGCCAGUCGACCACUCGAUAGAAGAUUGGGAUCAGGCUGGACCCUAUCGGCCGCUCAACCCGCCGCCGUCUGGGACGCCGCCAGAGGGACCGCAGCAGUCCGAUGCUGACGAGCAUGGCCAUCGUCGUUACCAGCGACGCGCGCGCCGCCCAGCCUCGUCCUGCCCUGACGCCGGGAAUCGAGACCGGCAGCCAUCCCCGUCACCUGAGUACCUAGACUACUCUGACUCGAGGCCGGAGCGAGCGCAAUACCGCGAGCGCUCCCCGCAGAGCGGCCGGAGCCGGGCGUCGCGACGAGAGAGGCGCGGACGUGAAGGUUCGCGACUCGCUGGUCCAUCACCACCAGCUGGUCACGCCGAUGAAGGACGUUAUCGCAGCAGGCGGUCAUCGAGCCCCCGUUGGCGCUCACCAUCCCUGCAUAGCUCCAGACGCUGUGACCUGUCUCAGACCUACCCGGCCCACCAGGAGUACGACGAGUACGAGUACAGCAGACCGCGUGCUGCGCGUACGCACCCCCACCGGCAACGCUCACUCACGCCUGUCUUUGUGCGUGAGCGGCGUAUUAGCAGCACCAACGUCCCCGAGACUGCAUACCCUCUUCGCGCCUAUACCAACUACAUCGCCGAUAACCAUGCCGCGAAGCGCCGCAACACGCCCUACAACCGACACUUGCCAGUCUUCCGCAAUGGCGACGGCAAGGUCAACCCAUCUGCCUACGGAUCCGUGCUGCAUUACGACUUCGGCUUGUGUUAUUGUACCUUCCGCACCCCGUAUAUGUGCGAAAUGGGAAUAAGGUGUCCGUGGAGACAUCAUCCCCUGUCAUCGCGCGAGAAGCAGUGGAUCCAUGAAAUAGCCCACGGAAAGGGAGAGCAAUUCACCGAGGAGGCGGACAAAUGUUGGGCUACUCCAGAUGUACCCGUUCCCGGACAUAACAUGAUCGAGGUGAUGCAGCAGGAACGAGACGAUCAGCGACGUGGAUAA